AUGCCCGGCGAGGUCAUCACCACCAUCUCCCCCACCACCAACAAACCGAUCCUCACCCGGCAUGGCCUGUCGCCGCCAGAAAUCCUCCAACUCGGCACCACGGCCCAAGCGGCGUUCAAAGCAUUCCGCAAAUCCCACGCCUCCCUCUCCAGUCGACAACAGAUCAUCGCAAAAGCACUAAGCCUCGUACUCGAGAAGCAAGAUGUUCUCGCCCGCGAACUGACGGAACAAAUGGGCCGGCCCAUAGCGUACACAGCCAAGGAAAUCACCACGGCCGUCAAACGCGCAGAGUACAUGAACAGCAUUGCGCCGGAGGUUCUGUCGCAGGACGCCACCAUCCCCGGCCAGCCCGAAGAAGGGUUCAAGCGCUACAUCACGCGGCGGGACCCCGUGGGCGUGGUUUUGGUCAUCUUCGCGUGGAACUACCCUUACCUGAUCCUGGUGAACAGCCUGAUCCCCGCGCUGCUGGCAGGGUGCAGCGUGAUUCUGAAACCGAGCCCGCAGACGCCCACGGUCGUCGAACACGUCGUCGACAUCUUCGCCCAGGCGGGCCUCCCGCGCGACGUGAUUCAGUACCUGCACUGCGGCAACCCGUUGGAUCUGAGGCCGCUGAUCACCUCCGAGGACGUCAACCACAUCUGCUUCACGGGUAGUGUGGCCGCGGGGAUCGCGAUCCAGACGCUCGCCGCGACGCGGGUAUCAUGCUCGGUCGGGCUAGAGCUGGGCGGCAAAGACCCCGCGUACGUGCGCCGGGACGUGGACGCCGCGUGGGCGGCCGAGGAGAUUGUCGACGGCGCGAUCUUCAACUCGGGCCAAUCGUGCUGCGCGAUUGAGCGCGUGUACGUGCACGAGGAUGUGUACGACAAGUUCGUCGACGCAGCGAAGACAAUCCUCGCGGGAUAUCGGCUCGGCGAUCCGCUGGACGAGUCCACACAAUUGGGCCCCGUGGUCUCGCGGCGCGCGGUGGAAACUAUUCGCGCACAAGUCGCCGAUGCGCUUGCCAAGGGCGCAAAAGAUGAGACUCCGCAGGGAGUCGAGUCCUUCACUUCGCCCCAGGGGCCGAGCGAGGGGAAUUGGGUGCCUCCUACGUUGCUGACGCACGUCAAUCACAGUAUGGCUGUCAUGCGCGAGGAAACGUUCGGCCCCGUCAUACCCGUCCAGAAGGUCGGCUCGGACGAGGAGGCCAUCGCGCUGAUGAACGAUAGCCAGUUCGGCCUGACGGCGUCGAUCUGGACCAAGGACGUGGCUCGUGGGGAGGAAUUAUGUGGCCAGGUCGAGGCCGGGACCGUGUUUGUCAAUCGUGCGGAUUUUCCAGCCCCAGACCUCGCGUGGACGGGGUGGAAGGAUUCAGGUAAAGGCGUGACCUUGAGUCGGGUGGGGUUUGAGCAGUUUGUCAAGGUCAAGAGUUAUCAUGUCAAGGCGUAUCCGAGGUGA